GCGGAGGUGUUUGUUCCGGCCGGAAUCCUCAGAAGAGUGAAGCCGGGUGGCAGCUUGAGGACGCUACUGUUCCCUUUCGGAAAGGAGAGCAAAGUGCCGCCGCCUCCUUCUCCGGAACCCACAGGCAGAGCCACCGCCACGUCAAGGGAGUUUCCCGGCAGCUGCGAAGAAACGGGGUGGGGGUUGGUUGCCGCCUCCUCCCGCCCCUUCCACCGUCUCGCCUCGCCACCGCGGCUGUUGUUCGCUGCCCGGUCGAGGAAUCAGCUAUACGUGGCCCGGGUUGAGCGUCCCUGUCCGGGGGAGGGGCGGCCGAAGGAGGGUGUAAGAGGGAAGAAGCAUUCCAGGCACCGUCAUGGAGACUCGCUACAAUCUCAAAAGCCCGGCUGUAAAGCGUUUAAUGAAAGAAGCUGCUGAACUGAAGGAUCCAACAGACCAUUAUCAUGCACAGCCUUUAGAGGACAACCUUUUUGAGUGGCAUUUCACUGUCAGAGGUCCUCCAGAUUCAGAUUUUGAUGGUGGAGUUUAUCAUGGAAGAAUAGUACUACCACCUGAGUAUCCUAUGAAACCACCAAGUAUUAUACUGUUAACGGCCAAUGGCAGGUUUGAAGUGGGAAAGAAAAUUUGCUUAAGCAUCUCAGGGCAUCAUCCUGAAACAUGGCAACCAUCAUGGAGCAUAAGAACUGCCUUGCUUGCCAUUAUUGGAUUUAUGCCAACAAAAGGGGAGGGAGCCAUAGGGUCUCUAGACUACACACCUGAGGAAAGAAGAGCACUUGCUAAGAAGUCUCAGGAUUUCUAUUGUGAAGGAUGUGGAUCACUUAUGAAGGAAGCCCUCUUACCAUUAACGUCUGGAAGUGCCUCAAGCCAGGCUGACAAAGAGGCCAAGGAACUUGCUAGGCAAAUUAGUUUCAAGGCUGAAGUUAAUUCAUCUAGGAAAUCUGUUGCUGAACCUGCAGACUUAUCAGGAUUUCACCACUUGGCCAGUUCACCUGAACACCAACAAGAAAAUGCAACUUCAACAUUCCAGGCCACAAUCCCCAGUGAAGUAUCUGAAAAUCAGACCAACUCAGCCACCUCAAGUCAAGAACAACAUACCCAGCCUGCAUCAAAUAAUACUUCUAUGAGCCCACGCCAGCGGCCUGCACAACAAAGAAGGGUGCCAACUUCAACCAACUUCAAUCAGGUUCAACAGCCAAGAGUCAACUCAGACCACAUGGGAUCAAAUGUGCUGAUUCUCCUUCUUGUUUUAGCACUGGCAGCUCUUAUAUUUAGGCGUAUAUAUCUAGCCAAUGAGUAUAUAUUUGAGUUAUGAGUUUCUGUCAUUCUUAGGAGCUGUGACUUGAAUGUUUUAUUAAAAUGUUAUAUGUUGGAUAUGUCAUGAAGAUUGUUUACAUGAAAUUACUUUUUGUAUUUUCUCAUUUUAAGUCUGAAUUUAAGGUACCAUGAGGUACAUUAUUAUCUGCAAGAAAAGCUUACCUUGAUAUUGGUGUAAAAGUGGACUAUUAAUGAUCUUUACAAACUGAGCGGAUAACCUGAUGUGUGGAAUAUAUAUCUGUAUUAGCAGGAUAUUUAAGGAGUGAGAGAGCUGAAUGCAUCACUCAUGAGCUUUGGUGGGUUAUUUUAACUGACAGAAACACAAAAUUGUGAUUUUAUGGUGUGGAGGAGCAUGAAUAAUUAUUCAUUUUUAGAGUGACUAUAAAUGAAUUACUUGAGUGAGGGCUUUUUAAACUGAAAUGCAGGCAUGUUUGCAUAUGUUAGUAAACGUUAAUAAAUUGAGCUGAGAGGGGAAGUUGUUAAUCUUUUAGAUUUGUUUCCUACACAACAAUUCAGGAAAAAAAUCCCUUAAAUGUUAGGGGUUUUAUCUUCUGUGAGACAGAGGGGCUAGAACAUUGUUAGCUUUUCUUUUUAGUUUUAAUUGUCCAGAAGUGAGAAUAAUCUUCUGUGAGAUUUGAAUGUCAUUUUCUGAUAUUCAAUUGGGUAUAUAUUAAUUUUUUUUUAUUUGAAGAUUCUGGAAAUAGUUUAUAAAUAUGUAAUAUUUACCCAGAGCUUAUUGACUAUGACUUAUUCCAGAAAUAUACAUAAAGCAUUGAAUUGAU